GUCCCUCAGCCCCCGGCACCCUGUCUUCUGCCCCCAGGCCCAUCCACGGCUUCGCAGGAUGAGGCCACAGGUACCCUCGGCCCCUCCUGCCCUCUGGGGCCUAGGGCGCCUCCCCCUGCUCCUCUGGCUGUGGAUGUCGCACACAGCGUGCCACAGGAAGCGGGCACAGAGGCAGCUGUCUGGGCCGCAGGGCAGUGUAAUGCCAGCAGAAGUGGUGAGCCAGGGUGUCCCUGGGGCCAGCAGGGGACCGGCCAGCCUUCCUUGCCCCCAGUCACUGCUGAGACGACCCCACCACUGCUCCCUCGGUAAGUCGGACACCAGACUGCAUGAGCUACACUGCAGCUGGCCCUGCAGCAGAGCCCCACGGCCUGCCAGCAUGGAUCUGCACCCGCAAUGGCAGGAGGCAUCCAGAGGCACGACGACCAGGCCCCCGGCAGCCUUCCCACACCAGGAGCUGCCCCUGGCCACGCCCUCCACCGACCCUGAGGCCACCUAUUCCAACGUGGGGCUGGCUGCCAUCCCCAGAGCCGGGCUGGCAGUCACCUCUGGGGUGUGGGCAGGGGCACAGCUGACCAGCAGCUGUGCCAGGCCUGGUCCCAAGGCCAGACCCGUGGUGGCUGAGUAUGCCUGUGUCCAGAAGCUCAAGGGAACAGAUCGGGGCCCCCAAGGCCUGGAGCAGGGGAAAGUUGAGGCGACCCCAGCUGCUCAGGUGGACAUCCUGUAUUCCAGGGUCAGCAAGCCUAAAAGGAGGGACCCAGGACCUUCCACAGACCAGCCAGACCCCAAGGGUGGGGAAGCGAGUUUGGCUCUGGGGAGUGACCUGGCCUACGAGGUCCUCCCUCUCAGGGGCCUGGGCGCGGACAAGAGCCUCCUGGAAAACGUGUAUGAGAGCAUCCAGGAGAUGGGGGUCCCUGGGCACCUGGAACCCCCCAGCUCCAACUCCUACCAGGAGAGGCAUGUGCAGGGCAUGGAGACCCCCUGCUUCCUGUCUAAGCCUGGGAAGGGGUCUUCAUCCCUUCUCCCUUGAACACCCAAGUACAGAUGAUCCUUCCUCCAGAGUGGGGUGCGACCCCUCACUUCCCACAGAGUCCCCUCCCCCACACGCGGCUAACAGCACGAAUUCCGGAUAGCAGUGCUGUCAGCCUAUGGGAUCCCUGGGGUCCUGGCUGCCAUGUUCU